AGAGAGUGAACACACGAACACCGAAACACCAGGACCGGACGGCACAGGACUGUACAGAUUCCCGUGGACUCAUACAUGUGACAUAUGUUCACGUGGAUCGACCAUCAGUGAUAAUAAAUACAGUUUUUAAUAUGUGUGUAAUAUGAGAAUGGAAGACAUGAGCUCGCGCGCACCGGCCUGAUCGCGCGCCGGGCCGAAUCGAACCGAAGUCACCGCACCGCGAUUUAUCAGCUUUUAUUUGUAUAUUCAUUUAAAGUUUUAUAGGAGAGAAGGUGAUAGAUUGAGUUCAAGAGAGAGAGGGGAGUUGUGUUAAAUAUCAGUCACAGAGAUGGAUCCGGACACAACAGCAGACUUCACCGUGGAAAACGUGGAGAAGGCCCUACAUCAGCUUUAUUAUGAUCCCAACAUAGAGAAUAAGAAUCUGGCUCAGAAGUGGCUCAUGCAGGCUCAGGUGUCUCCUCAGGCCUGGCAGUUCUGUUGGGUUUUACUGAGACCAGAGAAGGUCCCGGAGAUCCAGUACUUUGGCGCUAGCGCCCUUCACACCAAAAUCUCCCGCUACUGGGGUGACAUCCCCGCCGAGCAGUAUGACUCACUCAAAUCUCAGCUGUUUUCUCAGAUCGCUUGCUUCGCAUCUGGCUCUAAGAUAGUCCUGACACGCCUGUGCGUGGCACUGGCGUCGCUCGCCCUGAACAUGAUGCCUGAAGCGUGGCCCAGGGCAGUGUCAGAGAUGGUGCGUAAGUUCCAGGAAGAGGGAGGCGAGGUGGAUGGACGUGCCCGCUGUUUGGCCUUGCUGGAACUUCUCACCGUUCUUCCAGAAGAGUUCCAGACCAGUCGGCUACCGCAGUACCGUAAGGGACAGGUAAGGGCCGCUCUGGGUCGUGAGUGGUCGGCUGUUUACCCGCUCCUGCAGCAACUGUUACGGCAGUCGGACUCGCCGGCGCUGGUGAAGGCCCGUGUGCUCAAGUGUCUUUCCAGUUGGGUUCUGCUGGAUGUUCCUCUGAACGAGAGCGAGGGAUUGGUGGAAGCCAGUUUCACGGCACUAGCGGAUCCAGACCUGUUUGAUAUGGCCGUGGAGGCCAUCGUCAACACCAUCUCACAGCCCGACUCUCAAAGGCAUGUGAAUACGUUGCUAAAGCUGGUGCCGCAGGUUCUACAGCUGCAGGAACAGUUGCGAGACGCUGUACAGAAUGGAGAUAUGGAGACGACACACGGCAUCUGUCGAAUCGCCGUCUCUCUGGGAGAGAACCAUUCGAGAGCUCUGCUGGAGCAGGUGGAGCACUGGCAGAGUUUCCUGGCAUUGGUGAACAUGAUCAUGUUCUGUACGGGCAUCCCUGGGCACUACCCCGUCAACGAGACCACCAGCUCUCUCACACUCACAUUCUGGUACACACUACAGGAUGACAUCAUGUCAUUUGAGGCAGAGAAGCAAGCCGUGUAUCUGCAGGUCUACAGGCCUGUGUAUUUCCAGCUUGUAGAUGUUUUGCUCCAUAAAGCUCAGUUCCCUACAGAUGAGGAGUACGCUUCCUGGUCAUCAGAUGAGAAAGAACAGUUCAGGAUCUACAGGGUGGACAUUUCAGACACACUGAUGUAUGUCUAUGAGAUGCUUGGAGCUGAAUUACUCAGUAACCUGUAUGACAAACUGGGACGAGUCCUUACCGACACAGAGCAAACGACAUCAUGGCAGCACACAGAAGCACUCUUGUAUGGAUUCCAGUCCAUUGCUGAAACGAUAGACGUGAACUAUUCCGAUGUCAUACCCGGUCUGAUCGGCCUCAUCCCAAGAAUCAAUAUCAACAAUGUCCAGCUAGCCGACACGGUCAUGUUCACUAUCGGAGCAUUGGCAGAGUGGUUGGCGGAUCAUCCGGUGAUGUUGAGCAGUGUUCUGCCGCUGGUUUUGCAGGCAUUGGGAAAUCCAGACCUUUCAGUUUCCAGCGUCUCCACACUAAAGAAGAUCUGCAGAGAGUGCAAAUUUGACUUGCCCCCAUACGCCAGCAAUAUAGUCGCUGUGUCACAGGAAGUGCUGAUCAAACAGAUCCAUAAGACGAGUCAGUGUAUGUGGUUGAUGCAGGCUUUGGGUUUUCUGUUGUCCGCAUUACCCGUGGAGGAGAUCUUGAGGAACCUUCACUCUUUGAUCACCCCGUACAUUCAGCAGCUGGAGAAACUAGCAGGGGAGACGCCAAACCCCUCAAAUAAACUGGCCAUUAUCCAUAUCCUGGGUCUGCUGUCCAAUCUCUUCACCACGCUGGACAUCACAAAACAGGAGGAGUCCUCUGGAGAGAAUGCCCCGCCUAUCAAAUCAGCCCCUCCGCAAACAGGACCCAACCCUGUGGUGGUGGUGCUACAACAGGUUUUUGCUCUGAUACAGAUGGUACUCAGUAAAUGGCUCAAUGACUCACAGGUGGUGGAGGCAGUGUGUGCUAUCUUUGAGAAGUCAGUGAAAACUCUUCUGCAUGAAUUUACCCCCAUGGUGGCCCAGUUGAGUGAGAUGCUGGGGCAGAUGUACAGUACUAUACCACAAGCGUCUGCGCUGGACUUAACGCGCCAGAUGGUGCACAUAUUUGCCAGUGAAACGGAUCAUUUUCCUCCAAUCAAAGCGCUGUUUGAACUGGUCACUUCUGUCACACUGACCAUCUUCCAGCAAGGGCCCAGGGAUCAUCCUGAUAUUGUUGAUUCAUUUAUGCAACUCCAAGCUCAGGCCCUCAAACGGAAGCCAGAUUUAUUCUUCUCAGAGAGUCUUGAUGUGAAAGCGGUUUUCCACUGUGGAGUGCUGUCACUAAAAUUUCCAGAAGCUCCCACUGUCAAAUCUACCUGCCUUUUCUUUACGGAACUAAUAGCGCACUGUGCAGACAUCCCUCGUGUCGGUCAGUUGGUGCAGGAAGACGGUAAACUCCUCCUGCUGGCCGUCCUGGAGGCUAUUGGAGGUCAGUCGUCCCGCAGUCUGAUGGAUCAGUUUGCAGAGGUGUUGUUUUGUCUGAAUAAACACUGUUUCGCUCUGCUGACGGUGUGGCUGAAAGAAGCUCUGCGCUCUCCGGGCUUCCCAUCCUCACGGGUCUCAGACGAGCAGAAAGACACUUUCAGCCAACAGGUGCUAAGAGAGCGAGUAAACAAGCGUCGAGUGAAGGACAUUGUGAAGGAGUUCACACUGGUGUGCCGCGGACUUCACGGAACGGAGUACGCCGCUGACUACUAAACCACACUCGGACACGAAGUCCAAGACAACCCAAAACUUCAAUUCCCAGAAGCCUUCACUGCAACGCAAAAGACAUGAAUGAUACAGUGCCAGAACUGUCAUAGAGGCGUGUGCAGCGACAGGCCUCGGGAUCAUCCUUUAACUCUCCCUCUAUCUCUCUCUCUCUCUCUCGCUCUCACUGGAUCAUUUUUGAUGUUCCUAUACGGACAUCCGAAGAGCAAACACGCCUCCUCCUCCUCCUCCUCACUGCAUCUCACGGCAUGUUCACUGAAAACGUUCCUUUAUUCUCCCACGUUCAAGAUCUUCCGUGGCUCUUGGGCCGUUUCCUGUGAUCAUUUGCAUCCGUUCGAACCAAGAAAUGUUAGCUAAAUGUUUUAUUUUUUAUUUUAAAGAUACUGAAAUAAAGAAGCGUAUAUAUAAACACACACGUAUAUCUAAACAAAUGUAAUAAUCUAGUAAACUGUGGGUUGUGCUGCUAACAGAGAGAGGGACCAAUGCAGACUGAUGUCUCUCUGUGGCUUUAUUUAUCUCUAUAUCUCUGUCUGUUUAACCCCUCGCGCUCUUUUCUGCCAAAAUGUUGUGAACCUUUUUUUAAUGAAAUGAUUAUAAUGAUUGUUUUUGAUAUAAUAGGUCAGCAGCAUAUUGGGGGACUAGUAAAGACGCUAAACAACGAAUGAGAGAGAGAAAGUUACGCCAUGUCCAGUUCACCCCCAAAAAAAUCAUUUAUUAACACUCGUGUUGUUCCAAAACUGUAUGACGACUUUUGGAACACAAAAGGAGAAUUUUUGAAGAAUAUUUUGGCUGCUCUUUCCUUGAUGCUGUCAAGAUCUAAAGUGAAGAAUGCACCAUAAAAGUAGACUUGUGCACGCACGAUAGUUUUACGACCGAAAUCUGGGUCGUUAUUCACUGAAAAUCUUGCCGCCAUGCUUGAGAGCACAGUGAAGGGAAAGGUUUUCAGAAAAUAACUAAAAUACUUGAUAUUAAUUGGAAUAUUGUGCAUAAAACGUACAGAUUGUUUUUAUGAAACUUAUGGAUUUUCUAGCUUAACAUCACCAGUCCCUAUUCACUGUCAUUAUAUGGAAAAGAUCGGUCAGAAAAUUCUUCAAAAGCUCUCCUUUUGUGUUUUACAGAAGAAAGUCAUGCGGGUGUACAACGACAUGAAAGCGAGUAAAUAAUGACAGAAAUUUCAUUUUUGGGUGAACUAUCACUUCAACGUCAGGGUGUUGUGUCUGAUUGGCCCAGCAGUAGCUCUGUGAUUUGGUUGGAUGUCCAUCCGCCUGUCUGUGCAUAGAAGCUUGUGCAAAUCACUCCCAGCAAUAUUUUGAGUGCACUUAGUAAGGAAUAAAACACAAAUCCAUUCAUGGUUCAGCAUGGCUGGUCUCUCUCUCUCUCUUUCUCGUUUGCACCCGGCUGCUGCCUGUUGACAUGUAGCAUGUGUGUUGCGUUACAUACAGGCCCGUAAUAUAACGUGUCAUAUAAUCAGUGGAAUGAGGGCUGUUCUGUUCUGUGUUUAUUUACUUGCGAGUUACAGAGGAAGAACAAACAAAGGGAGUGACGGAGAUGUGAAAUGUACAUUAGUUUUUUUUUGUUUGUUUUUUUGUACUUUGUUUUAAUUUAUUAAAUACGUCUAAGAUGGCAGAACUGGCUUCUGUGGUGUGUGUGGGGGGGAG